AAAUUCACUGUCAUUAGUCUAACUUGAGACAUUUCAAAAUGAGUUUCAAAAACAAAGUUGUUAUUGUUACGGGAGCCAGCUCUGGCAUCGGUGCUUCAGCUUCGAUAAUGUUCAGCAAGGAAGGCGCUCACGUUGUCAUGGUGGGCCGCAACCAGACCAAACUCUCCGCUGUGGCUGCGAAAUGCUCAUCGCCGCUCGUGGUUCGGGCAGAUGUCGCCAACGACGAUGACGCUCGGAACAUCAUAAAUCAAACCAUCAAGAAGUUCGGGCAGAUCGAUGUCUUGGUAAACAAUGCUGGUAUGACAAUGGAAAAUGGUGGUAUUCUCGCCAACGAUAUGAUGAAAGCCUACGACACUAUCAUGAACAUAAAUCUCCGAGCAGUUGUUCAUUUAACAAACUUGGCAGCCCCAUACUUAGUUAAAACUAAAGGUAAUAUUGUUAACAUAUCAAGCAUUGCUGGAAUUAUGCCUCCUUUUGGUCCCGGUAUGACCAACUACUACAUAUCAAAAGCAGGAUUGAAUCAUUUUACCGUUUGCUGCGCGACUGAGUUGGGCCCUCAUGGUGUGAGAGUAAAUGUGAUAAGUCCCGGACCGGUUAGAACUGAUUUUAUGGACAAUGCUAAGGCUGCUUUUACUUGGGACGAUUUUCCAUCAAAAACUCUUCUUAACAGAGUAUCUGAGCCGGAGGAGGUAGCAGAUAUGAUUUUAUACCUGGCAAGUGAUAAAGCGAAGUCUGUCACUGGAUCCAAUUAUGUGAACGACAACGGCAUGCUUAUUAAACGGGCUUAAUUGAGUGCUAGUAUUUAAUAAAUAAAGAUUUUCAAAAAAAUUCUAUAGUAUUAUAUAUAUAUGUA